AGGGGAGGGAGCAAAGAGGGGCCGGGGCCCUUUAAAACGAGGCAGGCUAGUGCCUGCCCCUUUAAGGGCGGGGCAUCCCGACGACUGAAUCUGAGCCCCAGAUUACCCCGAGUUUCCGUCACAGGCAGUGGGGAAAGGCUCAUAGGCUGGGUCCGGGUGCUUGGCGGCGGCGGCCUUAUCCCCCCGCUCGUCCUCCCCGGGCCCGGAGACACCCCCUGCUCCAGUCAUGCUGAACAGAGUAUGGAAGAAGCUGACUACGAAGUGCUAUCCGUGCGGGAGCAGCUAUUUCACGAGAGGGUCCGCGAGUGCAUCAUCUCAAUACUUCUGUUUGCAACACUCUACAUCCUCUGCCACAUCUUCCUGACACGCUUCAAGAAGCCUGCUGAGUUCACCACAGUGGAUGAUGAAGAUGCCACAGUCAACAAGAUUGCGCUUGAGCUGUGUACCUUUACCCUGGCAGUUGCCCUGGGUGCUGUCCUGCUCCUGCCCUUUUCCAUCAUCAGCAACGAGGUGCUGCUCUCACUGCCACGGAACUACUACAUCCAGUGGCUCAAUGGCUCCCUCAUCCACGGCCUUUGGAACCUUGUUUUUCUCUUCUCCAACCUGUCCCUCAUAUUCCUCAUGCCCUUUGCAUACUUCUUCACUGAGUCUGAGGGCUUUGCUGGCUCCAGAAAGGGUGUCCUGGGCAGAGUCUACGAGACAGUGGUGAUGUUAAUGCUUCUCACUCUUCUGGUGCUGGGCAUGGUAUGGGUGGCAUCAGCCAUUGUGGACAACAACAAGGCCAGCAGGGAGUCUCUGUAUGACUUCUGGGAGUACUAUCUCCCCUAUCUCUACUCCUGCAUCUCCUUCCUUGGGGUCCUGCUACUCCUGGUGUGUACUCCACUAGGUCUCGCCCGCAUGUUCUCAGUCACUGGGAAGCUGCUGGUCAAGCCCCGGUUGCUGGAAGACCUGGAAGAACAACUGUACUGCUCAGCCUUUGAGGAGGCAGCUCUGACCCGUAGGAUCUGUAAUCCCACCUCCUGCUGGCUGCCUUUAGACAUGGAGCUGCUGCACAGACAGGUCCUGGCUCUGCAGACACAGAGGGUCCUGUUGGAGAAGCGGCGGAAGGCAUCAGCCUGGCAGCGGAACCUGGGCUACCCCCUGGCCAUGCUGUGCUUGCUGGUGCUCACAGGUCUGUCUGUGCUCAUUGUGGCCAUCCACAUCCUGGAGCUGCUCAUUGAUGAGGCUGCCAUGCCACGAGGCAUGCAGGGUGCCUCCCUGGGCCAGGUCUCCUUCUCCAAGCUGGGCUCCUUCGGUGCCAUCAUCCAGGUUGUACUCAUCUUUUACCUGAUGGUGUCCUCGGUUGUGGGUUUCUACAGCUCUCCACUUUUUGGGGGCCUGCGACCCAGGUGGCAUGACACAGCCAUGACUCAGAUAAUUGGGAACUGUGUCUGUCUCCUGGUCCUAAGCUCAGCACUCCCUGUCUUCUCUCGAACCCUGGGGCUCACUCGCUUUGACCUGCUGGGUGACUUUGGACGCUUCAUGCUGGGUAAUUUCUACAUCGUGUUCCUCUACAAUGCAGCCUUCGCUGGCCUCACCACACUCUGUCUGGUGAAGACCUUCACUGCAGCUGUGCGGGCAGAGCUGAUCCGGGCCUUUGGGCUGGAUAGACUACCGCUGCCUGUCUCUGGUUUUCCCCGGACAUCCAGGAAGACCCAGCACCAGUGACCUCCAGAUGGGGAUGGGAGGGAGAAAACUGGACACUGCCAUCUGCUGCCUAGGCCUGUAGGGGAGCCCAAGGGUGGUUGGACCUCAGGACCUGGAAUCUGAAAGGGUGGGUGGCAGAGGGGAGCUGAGCCAUCUGCACUGUUGCAUAAUCUGAGCCAGAGUUUGGGACCAGGCACCCUGCUUUCCAGACCUAACUGUGGCCUCAGCAUAGGGUGGGCUGGUUGACUGGAUCUGGCUCCUGGUCCCAAAUCUGUUUACACAUCAAUCUGCCUCACUGCUCUUCCGGGCCAUGCCCGUAGUCAUGUUUACAUGAUUUGAUGUGCAAUAGGGUAGGGUGGGGGUGGGAGGGACUGGGCCAGGGGCAGACUUGAGAGGCAGGUUGUCUCCCUUGCCUCUGUUCCAGCAAGCCUAAGCACUGUGCUAUCCUAGAGGGACUUUGGACCACUGGAGAAAAUGGGGGCAAUUGGGUGGAAGAGGCUGCACCCAUCAGCAAUAAAGUUGAUCCCAGGGUUUGCUUUGGUUUUUUUAAAGAGCCUGUCUCUGUAUCUAUUUGAACAGCCUUGCUCCCACCAGUCCUGAGCCUACCAUCUGAGAAAACGGAUCUUACCACCAUCCUUUUCCUUCCCUUCUAUCUGCAUUCUCAGUGUCCUUUGGGUACAUAGAUCUAGUAUUAGGCCAUACAGUUGGCAGUGGGAAGCUUCUUUUCCCUUUGUUUUGCUUUAAAACUGGCUGGUCCCCUGCUCUUCCUUAUACCCAUGACCUUGUUUUUGUACCUUUGGAAUUGGGGGUUGUAGGACAUGAGCACAGGAAUAAGAUAACCUCCUCUAUAUACUCAACUUUCAGU